GGCGGCGUCAGUUUGCAUGUGGGCUCGAGCCGGAGCUGAAGCAUCCGAGCCGAACUGCGCAGAGAUGCGGUGCACGUAGACGCAACAUGCGGACACACCGCCUCACCUCAUCGCUGAAAUCACGUUCAAAAGCACCGUGAAGAUCAUUUUUAGUGUUUGUUUUGGCAUGGCGACGGUGAAGUCGAGGUGAGCAGCUCCGUUGCUCGGUCCGCUCGCUUGCCGGGGCAGCACGCACUUUUUUUUUUUUUUUUCUUCCUCCGCUGUUUUGCCAGGGCAAGCAGCCAAAACAAGAUAAAUCCGCUUUUUGUUCCUGUUUGCACAUCGAUUAUUUUAUAAGGAAUCAUGACGACCGGACAGGAUGAAAGCUCAGUCCGUGUGGCUCUGAGGAUCCGUCCUCAGCUGGCCCGGGAGAAGAUUGAAGGAUGUCACAUCUGUACGUACGUGAUGCCCGGGGAGCCUCAGGUGAUCCUGGGGAAAGACAAGUCCUUCACCUAUGACUACAUGUUCGACAUGGACUCCCAGCAGGACGGCAUCUACUCCACCUGCACGGAGAAGCUGAUCGAGGGCUGCUUCGAGGGCUACAACGCCACCGUCUUUGCAUACGGACAGACGGGUUCAGGGAAGACGUACACCAUGGGGACGGGCUUUGAUGUCAACGUCGUAGACGAGGAGCUGGGUAUCAUUCCCCGUGCCGUCCACCACCUCUUCAAGGGCAUCGAGGAGCGCCGACAGGCCGCUCAGGAGCAGGGACGCCCCGUACCUGAGUUUAAGAUCAACGCCCAGUUCCUCGAGCUUUACAAUGAGGAAGUUCUGGACCUGUUUGACUCCGCAAGAGACAUGAAACAGAAAUCUCACAUCAAGAUUCACGAGGACGCCACCGGAGGAAUCUACACAGUGGGAGUGACCACACGGACUGUGUCCUCUGAGGCAGAGAUGAUGCAGUGCCUGAAGCUGGGGGCUCUGUCUCGCACCACAGCCAGCACUCAGAUGAACGUCCAGAGUUCUCGAUCCCACGCCAUCUUCACCAUCCACCUGUGCCAAGUCCGCGUCUGUGCCUCCGACAAUCAAGAAAAUGAGACUGAUAACAGGGUCAGCAACGGCAACUCUGAGAUGGACGAGUACGAGACGCUGACAGCCAAGUUUCACUUUGUCGACCUGGCCGGUUCCGAGAGGCUGAAGAGAACCGGAGCGACGGGCGAUCGAGCCAAAGAGGGCAUCUCCAUCAACUGUGGACUGCUCGCUCUGGGGAAUGUAAUCAGUGCUUUGGGCGACCGGAGCAAACGGUCCUCACAUGUGCCUUACAGAGACUCCAAACUCACCCGACUUCUACAGGACUCACUAGGAGGAAACAGCCAAACAGUGAUGAUCGCAUGCAUCAGCCCAUCCGACCGUGACUUCAUGGAGACGCUGAACACGCUGAAGUACGCCAACCGAGCCAGGAACAUCAAGAACAAGGUGAUGGUGAACCAGGACAAGGCCAGCCAGCAGAUCAGCUCUCUGAGGACGGAGAUAGCUCGACUGCAGAUGGAGCUGAUGGAGUACAAGACGGGUAAACGCAUGGCGGGCGAGGACGGUGUGGAGAGCUUCAGUGACAUGUUCCAUGAGAACUCAAUGCUGCAGACGGAGAACAGCAACCUGAGAGUGAGGGUGAAGGCCAUGCAGGAGACCAUCGACGCCCAGAGGGCGCGGCUCACCCAGCUGCUCAGUGACCAGGCCAACCAGGCCCUCGCCAGGGCAGGUGAAGGAGGUACAGAGGAAAUUGGCAACAUGAUCCAGAGUUACAUCAAAGAGAUUGAAGACCUCCGAGCCAAACUCCUGGAGAGCGAGGCCGUGAACGAGAACCUGAGGAAGAAUUUGUCCCGCGCCUCCAACCGUCAGUCGUUCUACGGAGGACCCGGGUCCUUCUCCACGCCGCUGCUGGCCCCCGAGAAAGAGACCUCCGACAUCAUCGAGCUUGCCAAGAAAGACCUGGAGAAACUGAAGAAACGAGAAAAAAAGAAAAAGAAAAGCGCCAGCAAGGAGGAAGUUCCUGACAACGAGCAAGAAAAGGGCACCGAGAAGGAAAUGGCCGAGCGAGUCAACGAGGACGCAGAGAUGGAGGUCCAAGAGGGCAGCGACCACGAGGAGGCAGAAGAAGACGAGGAGGAGGAGGAAGAGGAGAUGGAUGUAGAGGAGAGCUCUGACGAUUCCGACUCUGAGUCGGAUGAAAAAGAGAACUUCCAGGCAGAUCUGGCCAACAUCACCUGUGAGAUCGCCAUCAAGCAGAAGCUGAUCGACGAGCUGGAGAACAGCCAGCGGCGCCUGCACACGCUCAAACAGCAGUACGAACAGAAGCUGAUGAUGCUGCAGUGCAAGAUCAGGGACACCCAGCUGGAGAGGGACCGUGUCCUCCAGAACAUGAGCUCGGUGGAAAGUGGCACCGAGGACAAAGCUCGCAAGAUCAAGACUGAAUACGAGAAGAAGCUGAGCAUCAUGAACAAGGAGCUUCAGAAGCUCCAGUCUGCUCAGAGGGAGCACGCCCGCCUGCUGAAGAAUCAAUCCCAGUACGAGAGACAGCUGAAAAAACUUCAGAUGGACGUGGCGGAAAUGAAAAAGACGAAGGUUCGUCUCAUGAAGCAGAUGAAGGAGCAGCAGGAGAAGAACAGGAUGAACGAGUCUCGCAGAAACAGAGAAAUCGCUACCUUGAAGAAAGACCAGCGCAAGCAAGAGCACCAACUGAAGUUACUGGAGGCUCAGAAAAGGCAGCAGGAGCUUAUUCUGAGAAGAAAGACUGAAGAGGUGACAGCUCUGAGGAGGCAGGUCAGGCCCACCUCAGGGAAGAUCAUCAGGAAGCUCCCAGACCUGAGCCAGGACUCUCCUCACCGUCCUCCCUCCGGACGCAUGUACUCCUCCGGCAACGCUGCUCCGAACGGCACUCGGUCUUCCUACAGGCGUACAGUAGGAAUUUACUCCACCAGAAUCGCCCGUAAUAAAUGGCAGACUCUCGAACGACGGAUAACCGACGUCAUCAUGCAGAGGAUGACCAUCUCCAACAUGGAGGCCGACAUGAACCGCCUCCUCAAGCAAAGGGAGGAGCUGACUAAGCGUAAGGAGAAGGUCAUCAGGAAGAGGGAACGGCUGGACAGAGAAGGACCAGAGGCAGAGAAGGCGAUGCUUCCCCUGAACGAGGAAGUGGACGCAUUAACAGCCAACAUUGACUACAUUAACGACAGCAUCGCAGACUGUCAGGCCAACAUCAUGCAGAUGGAGGAGACAAAGGAGGACGGCGACACAGUGGACGUCUCUGCUGUGAUUAGUUCCUGUACUCUGGCAGAAGCUCGUUUCCUGCUGGAUCACUUCAUGUCAAUGGCUAUAAACAAGGGUCUGCAGGCGGCCCAGAAGGAGUCUCAGGUGAAGGUGAUGGAGGGCCGGCUGAAGCAGACGGAGAUCACCAGCGCCACACAGAACCAGCUGCUCUUUCACAUGCUGAAGGAGAAGGCAGAGUUCAACCCGGAGCUGGACGCCCUGCUGGGAAACGCUCUGCAAGAGCUAGGUAACAUCCCGGCUGGAAGUGGGGAUGAUAGCAGCAGUGAUGAAUCUGCCCAGAGCCCUUCUGCAGAGGGAAACACCUUGGCAUCAGAUCUCAUGAAACUCUGUGGAGAGACCAAAACAAGGAAUAAGGCUCGUAGGAGGACCACCACUCAGAUGGAGUUACUGUACGCAAACACUGACUCCGCCCCCGACGCGCCCACCGCAGACUUCUCUGGCCCGAUGUUGCCGUUAGCUGAAACACCAGAUGGGGGAGGAGACAUGGACUCGUCAGGCUCAUCAGUCAGGGACUACACAGCUCUCUCUCCUGGCUUUUCCUCUAAAAUGGGCAGCAUCCUCCUGACAUCAAAUUGCCAUACCUUCCUCCAACUGAUAAGUCCUUCGAGAACUCCGUCAGGGGUGGAAAAGCGAGCACCGGAGCCUUCCCCGCUCUCUCGCAGGAAGACCUAUGACAAGGCAGCAGCUGAAAGGGCAAAGGUCAAGGAGAUUAAACACCCAGUCAUCAGGAACCUGAGGAGCAGCCCACCAUUUCCUCUCUCCCCUACUGCUCGUCCCAGUAACCACAUCGGCGUGUUUGGCCGUAUGACAGGGUAUCUGGGGCGUACUGCAAACGCCCUGCAGGAUAAGAUGGAUGGAUGCCUCCACCUGUCCUCCAACAUCCUCCGUUCUGUUUCCCCUCCUCUCUCCGAUCCACCCAAGGGCGUCAUUAACCCAGUGCCAUCCACUAAGAGCAGUCGCUCAGCAACAUUGCAGUGCGUCCACGUGGCGGAGGGACACAGUAAAGCUGUUCUCUGUGUCGACUGCACCGAUGACCUUCUCUUUACCGGAUCCAAAGACCGGACCUGUAAGGUGUGGAACCUGGUGACGGGUCAGGAGAUAAUGUCCCUGGCAGGUCACCCCAACAACGUGGUGUCAGUCCGCUAUAGUUCCAGUUUGGUCUUCACCAUCUCCACCUCCUAUAUUAAAGUCUGGGACAUCCGGGACUCAGCCAAAUGCAUCCGAACGCUAACGUCCUCUGGUCAGGUUAAUGUUGGCGACAUCUGUGCGUCUACCACCAGCCGGACGGUCACCAUCCCAGCAGGAGAGAACCAGAUCAACCAGAUCGCUCUCAACCCCAAUGGGACGGUUCUGUACGCUGCUGCUGGAAACUCGGUCAGAGUCUGGGAUCUACGAAGAUUUGCAUCCACUGGGAAACUUACUGGUCACCUCGGUCCAGUAAUGUGUUUGACUGUGGAUAAGUCCGGAAACAACCAAGACCUUGUGAUCACCGGGUCCAAGGAUCACUAUAUCAAGCUGUUUGAUGUGACUGAAGGCUCUCUGGGAAGCAUCAGCCCGACACAUAACUUUGAACCGCCCCAUUACGACGGCAUCGAGUCACUGGUGGUCCAGGGGGACAUCCUCUUCAGCGGCUCCCGAGACAACGGCAUCAAGAAGUGGGACCUGGACCGCAAAGACCUGCUGCAGCAAGUCCCGAAUGCCCACCGUGACUGGGUGUGUGCGCUGGGCGUGGUCCCCGGCUCUCCGGCCCUGCUGAGCGGCUGCAGAGGCGGGGUGCUCAAGCUGUGGCACACAGACACUCUCGGGACCCUCGGGGAGCUCAAGGGUCAUGACAGCCCCAUUAACGCCAUCUCUAGCAACAGCAGCCACCUGUUCACUGCCUCCGAUGACCGGACAGUGAAGAUCUGGCGUGCGCGCGGCGGACUGGACAGCACCUUAGAGGCGGGUGACAAUGCGGACGAGGUGGCCAGUAACUGAACACAGCGCCUCCUGCCCCGGUUUCCUCUCUGGAACAACACUAAACAGCGUCUUCUGAUGCCGCUGCCCUGCACUUUGACCCCUAACUUAUCCAGCCCAAUGCUGACUCCCGAAACACACACACACACACACACACACACAUACACACACACGCACACACUCACACACACACCUUCUGCCAUGUAAUCUUCAUGACUGAGCAACAGCAAACACUAAAGUAAUCUCAAAAGAAAAAACAUAAUACAGACUUUAUAUACUCAGAAGGCUGUAGACAAGUCUUGACUGUAGAUCAUGUUAAGAAGUGAAUAUCAGUAGGGUCGCAUUUACUCACAAAACAUGUUUAUUUAAGAGCUGAACAUUACAAAAUAUCUCUGCCGCUCAGCUUAGAUUCAGCGCUGUGCAAGCAGCAUACGAUACAUCCACACA